AUGCAAACUAUAUUGAAACUUGUGCGCAAACCGCGCAUGGAUGAUUGGUCACCAUUAGCCAAAUUUUAUUAUGCUGAUGAAGCUCUUAAUUCAAUAACACUUGAAUUAGAAUCAUUUGAUGGAAGAAGAGAUCAAGCACGAUGUGAUCAAUUGGUUCAACGUCUUCGCCAAGCACAAGAUCGUCUUAUUCAUAUCAUUUAUGAAAUGAUUGCAAUUAUUUUUCCAAAUGAAUCAGAUCGUGCCAGUCGUGAUUAUCGUGUUAAAUUUCCAGAUGAAAUAAUUCAUGAUUCAUUACCAGGUCAAUUAUGGUUUGGUGCUGAAUGUCUUGCAGCUGGUUCAAAUAUUGUUGAUAGAGAAACAGAAAGUGAACAAAUUCGUCCUAUUGCAAAAACAUUAACAAAACACCUUGAUCAAAUGAGAGAAUUAUUAAAAGAUCAGUCAUUAAGAAAUCCACAUCAAUAUACAGACAAGAUAAAAGCAUCUUUAAAAGUUUUUGACUACCUGUUUGCUGAAUUUGAGUUUCAUUAUGUAAGUGCUAUGGUUCCAGUUAAAAGUGUAAAAGAACACGAUGCACAACUUGAUAUUGCUGUCCUUUUCUCUGAAACAUUAAAUAAAGCAAUGCAAAAAAAAUAUAUUACACAAGAUCAAAUUGAUAUGUUCGAUCCAAAUGUAAUGUUUGCAAUACCUAGACUUGCUAUUGUUUGGGGAUUAUUAUAUUACCCAGAAGGAGCUUUAAAUGUAGAUAGAGAACCUGAAGAAUUAUCUGAAAUGUUUAGACAAUAUUGUCAUUUACUUCUUACAAUGAGAUCACUUUUAAGAGAUAUGAGUCAAGAAGAAUUGAGACAAUUAGAAAUGACACUUGUUACAGGUGAAUGUGUUACAACUACUCCUAAAAGAAAUAAUGAUAAUACUGAAGCAUCAACAUCAAAAAAAUCUACAUAUGAUUGUGAUAAAAAAAAUAAUAUUAAUUUAAAUGAAAAAAAUUGUAGUCUUUCUGGAGAAGAUACAAAAAAUGAUAAUAAAUUAAAUAUUGACUCAGGAUCAAAAAUUAGUCCAAUUUCUACUCAAACUUCAAUUGAUGAUCGUGUUGAAAUUAAUCAUGAUGCAGCUGAUGAUUUAAGUCUUCUUGAAGCUUUUCAUAAUAUGAAUCUUCCUGAAGUUUAUGAAAGAUAUGAAAAAUCUAUACAAAAAAAAUCAAGAAGAAUGUAUAAAGAUAGAAAUGAACUUAUUCAUAGAUUGUUUGUUUGCAUUGCUGGAGUUGCUGAUCAACUUCAAACUAAUUAUUCUCAAGACGUGAGAAAACUUUUAAAAAUGGUUCUACAGCCAAAUGAGAUUGUUCCUGUUUAUGAAGUAAAUGGUAAAACUGCUCGUGUUCCAGAAAAUGAAGAGGAAACAGGAAUUGAAGUACAAGAGGAAACUUUACCUCUAUCAAGUUUUAUUGUCGGGGUUCGUUGGGUACCUGAUGAAGAAUGUGAUCAAUGUACCUCAUGUAAUACUUCUUUCAGUAUUAUAAGAAGAAGACAUCAUUGUAGAAAUUGCGGAAGAAUAUUUUGUUCAUAUUGUUCAUCAAAUAGACUUGCUCUUCCAGAACUUGGUUAUGAUAAAAAAGUUCGUGUUUGUGAUAUGUGUUAUUUUUAUAAAAAUAACCCAACAGUUGAUUCAUCAUUUGCAAAUAUAGCAAGAAAUAUAACUACCAAUACAUUUACUGAAAAUAAUUAUUCAAAUGGAGGAUCCUCAAACACAUCGUCUUCAACUACGGCUACAAUCGUUCGCAAUUGCAAUCAUGAAACUGAGCCUACCUAUACAACUUCAUCAACUUUAGCCUCUAUUCAUGAGCCUUUAGAUGGUAACAAUUCUAUAAGUGCUUAA